AUGAGACACUUAAAACUUACAGGUUUUAUUUUUUUCCUGUUGUCUUUGACUGAAUCCCUAGCCCUACCCACAAAGCCUCAGGAUGUAGAUCAUUUCAAUGCUACUCAGAAAUUCAUAAAUGAGAACGUUGCAUACCUGACCAUCAUUGCAUCGGCCCAGUAUGUUCAGGAAGCGUCCUUUGAGGAGGCAGAAAUGCUGGUGAAGGUCAUGCUGGAUUACAAGGAUAGGUGCUUGGCUGACAGCACACUUCCGGAGUGUUCAAAGAUAGCUAAUGAUGCUAUCCAGGACAUGCUCUGUGAUAUGAAGGGGCUGCCACAGAAGCAUAACUUCUCCCAUUGCUGUAGGCAAGCCAGCUUUCAAAGAAGACUCUGCUUCUUCUACAACAAGAAAGCUAAUGUAGGAUUUCUGCCGCCUUUCCCUACUCUGGAUCCAGAAGAGAAAUGCCAAGCUUAUAAAAAUAACAGUGAAUCUUUUCUCAACCUCUAUAUGUACGAGGUGGCCAGAAGGAACCCCUUUGCCUUCGCCCCGGUUCUUCUGAACGUUGCUGCUAGGUUUGAGGAGGCGGCGACCACGUGCUGUGAACAGCAACAGAAAGCUACCUGCUUUCAAGCCAAGGCAGCCCCCAUCACACAGUAUUUAAAAGCGUUAUCUUCUUAUCAAAGAAAUGUUUGUGGAGCCCUUUUAAAAUUUGGACCCAAGACCUUAAACUCUAUAAACAUUGCCGUGUUCAGUAAGAAGUUCCCCAAGAUUGGAUUUGAAGACCUCACCUCCCUCUUAGAAGAUGUUUCUUCCAUGUAUGACGGGUGCUGUGAAGGGGACGUCGUGCAGUGCAUCCAGAGCCAGAGCCAGGUUAUGCACCAUAUUUGUUCAAAACAAGACUCCAUCUCAAGUAAGAUCAAAGCGUGCUGUGAGAAGAAACCACCAGAGCGCGCAGACUGUAUAAUCAACGCAAACAAGGACGACAGACCAGAAGACUUGUCUCUGAGAACACCCAAAUUUACCGACAGUGAAAACGUGUGCCAAGAGCGAGAUUCCAAGCAGGACAAGUUCUUUGCUGAGUUUCUUUAUGAUUACUCCAGAAGACAUACUGAACUGUCUACACCAGAGCUCCUAAGAAUUACUAAAGUGUAUAAGGAUCUCCUGGAAGAUUGCUGCAACAGAAAAAACCCGUUAAGCUGUUACCGCCAUGCGGAGGAUAAGUUCAACAAGACCACAGAGCGAAGCCUUGCGAUGGUCCAGCAAGAGUGCAAACAGUUCCAGGAAUUGGGGAAGGACGCUCUACAACGCCAGUUCCUUGUCAAGUUCACCAAGGCAGCCCCUCAACUCCCCAUGGAAGAACUGGUCUCCCUUAGUAAGGAGAUGGUGGCGGCUUUGGCAACCUGCUGCACUCUCAGUGACGAGUUCGCCUGUGUGGACAACUUGGCAGACUUAGUUCUUGGAGAAUUAUGUGGAAUAAGUAAGAAUCGAACUAUCAAUCCCACUGUGGAUCACUGCUGCAGAGCGGACUUCGCCUUCAGGAGACCCUGCUUUGAGCACCUGAAAGCCGACACCACCUAUGCGCUCCCAUCCGUCUCUGCACUUGUAUCUGCUUUGCGUGCAGACUGGUGUCAGCCUCUCAAGGAGGACCUUCAGAAUAAGAGACACAGGUUUCUGGUCAACUUAGUGAAGUGGAUGCCAGAGAUCACGGAUGAGGAGCGUCUGUGUUUGUUCACAAAGUUCACGGCUGCUGGGGAGGAGUGUGGCAACAUACAGAAGCCUGAGGCCUGUUUCAGUCCAGAGAGUUCAAGCACCGGCGAUGUGAGUCAAGAUGCAGAGAAACAAAGGUGAACGGAACGACCAGAGCCAGUACCAGCUUACAGGAUCGUCCUGUGGAGAAGUUCAGCUCUUAAGAAGACUGGAAUAGAAGGUCCUUCUGUAACCCUUUCUUGAAUCAUGUUCCUACAAAAGGCAAUAAAAAGAGAGGAUAAA